GCCGAUUAACACACGUGGCAGCUUGGAUCGACCGGUCAGUACGUAUAGCUUGCUUAGCUAAUUAAUUCGAUCGUGAUUAAUUAGCUAGCUGGCAAUGGAUGACGUGGUGAGACGGAGGCUGCUGCAGCUGGUGCUAAUGCUGUCGUCGUCCCCGGCGCCGGCGAGCAAGGUGAUCGCCAAGAAGAAGAAGAUCAAGAGCCGCAAGCAUCUGCACGACGAAGAAGAUGGCGGUUACGAGUGCCGGAGCUGCGGGCGGCGGUUCAAGACGUUCCAGGCGCUCGGCGGCCACCGGACCAGCCACAACCGCCGCCCGCCCACCGCCGGCUCCCGGAAGCUAGCAGCAGCAGCAGAGCACCGGUGCGGCACGUGCGGGCUGGUGUUCGGCACCGGGCAGGCGCUGGGGGGCCACAUGCGCCGCCACUUCACGCGCCCGCCGGCCGCCGCGGCGUGGUCGACGGAGGCCAUGGCGUCUGCCGGCCGGCGUGAGGAGGAAGACGACGACGACGACCAUGAUGCGUGGGUGCCACGCUUGAUCCAGUUUAUAUGAUCAGUCGGUCCUUGGGAAAAAACUGUGAAUAGAGUUAAGCUUGCUGGCUUGCUGCUUGGGAAUUAGUAUAUCGUGUAAAUAAAUUACUACUCCAAGAAUUAAUGCACAAUGUCCGUGAAUAUA